AUGGACUGCCACAUUGAAGAAUGCAGCCAACCCCAGGAGGAGGAGGACAUCAUGGACAUACCUCUGGAUGACCCCGAGGCCAACAAGGCAGCUGCCAAGAUCCAGGCUGGCUUCCGUGGUCACAUGACCAGGAAGAAGAUUAAGCCUGCUGACAAGCCUGAGGGGGAGGAAGAGGAGGAGGAGGAAGUGAGCAGCAGCGGUGAGGCCCUCAACGGAAACCAGGGGAACACAGUAUCAGGAGGAUCAGAGGGAGUAGAGAGAGAUGACACAUCUGUGCCGGAACAGUGA